AUGUUUCCCUGCUCGUGUCCUGCGCCAGACCCUGAGGAGCUGACUGCCUUCAAUGAUCUCUAUGGUUCCCUCAGAUUACUCUUCUCCUUUCAGAUGAAAGAUACAAGACUUUUAAGUCCAGAGUGGAAAACCAACAUUGAGACAUUCCUACGCACAUUCAGCUUGGCUAAUGCAGGGAUUAAAAUCCACCUCAAAUUCAAACUCAACCAGCAGACCCUCCAACCAGAAUUCAGGCCUCCAGAGUGUGUUAAGAAAGGAUGCUGGUGUCAGGGAGGACACCCUGACCUCGGGGACAGGUUGCUGCUCAGUAUCCCACCUGGAGCCAUGGAUCAAGGCCUGUAUGGGGAGCUCAGCGUCCAGCCUGUCACACUCCUUAGUCCCUGUGUGCUGCAGUACCCCAAUCUGGCAACCCAGCUCACACACAUACAAGUUUUAGUUUACAGCCCCAGUAACGUUCCUGUUACAGGCCCCUCGGGUUUCUUCCACAACCUUCCUGCUCAUCUGGGCUGUGAAGAACUCAGCCUGCACGGCCUCCACUGCUCCUCUUACAAAGAUCUUGUGCUCAGUGGUGGCAUUGUGUAUGAAGUAGAGCAAGAAAACCAGGAGGAAGAAUCGAAUCUUCCCACAAUGCAGCAGGGUCUCCUGCUCUUCCUCUUCCUGCAGCACAGUGACCCCUUCACCUCUCAGCUCUCUGAUGUUAUGGCCACAGAGGCCCUGAUAGAGCACCACCUGGAGGAUAUUCUGAGCAACAACAGACAGGCAGUCACAGCAGCCCUGCAGACUGAGCUAAAGAAAACACUGAAAGCCCAACAGCGCAGGAAAAGGGACCAAGAGAAGCUGCGUUCAGCUGUCAAGGUGAUUCUCACUUCGUCCAUCAGUAUCGUGAGCUGUAGCAGUAACAUGGACUUCAGAAAUGCCUGUCUGAACAGCAUGAAGGUGCAUGAUACCCAUGAAUUGACGGCCUCCCUCUGUGAAUCUCUGUGGAAGGUGACAUCAUGGAAAUUCACAACCAGAGGCCGGUGCUACUCUGCUCAAAUGGAGGAAGAGGAAGAGAGUGAUGGACCCACCAGGACAGAAAUCUGA